GACGGCAGGAGUCUGAUUGAACAGGCCAUUCAUUCCCUCCCUAUCUUAUACGACGUUGCCACGAUCUCACGAGCUCGGCCUUUCAUUCUGACAUUCCGAGGGAUGACUUGAGAAAUGGCCCGUCGGGGUGGACUUUGGGUGGACUUAAUGAUCGCACAUACGCUCCCCAGCAUAAGGAGAUGGAGCGGAAAGAGCUUCUCUUUCCGAGUCCGUGACAAGCUUGUCUCUAGAUGAUUAUGGACUAUUCUUAUAUUGGGGCCAAUGCAUAGGUAUUCGCAGCGCCUAACGAUUCACUCACUCCCGCAAAUCAUACAACGGGUUCCACUGUCUAGCAACGAGAAGAAUAGGGGCAUUUGAUCGCUUAUACAAACAAUGUCAUGUCUUCUGACACCAGCUGAUGACAAGACCCAUCGGGUCCCCGGCGCUUACGGUAAGCUUAGCUCCUGCUUAGUCUUUGCUGACCAGUGCUUGUAUUUGAACCGCGACUCUCGUUCUUGUCCUUAUAACUUUGCCGGAAAUGCACUCUCUUUUCGAUAAUAUUGGCGACGCGGCUCUCCUCGAGGUGCUUACUGCACCCACUACACCCACUCAUAGACAAAAGUUUUCCCGGCGGGACGCUGCCCUCGAUCCGCUUCUCAUGGCUGCUGCAGUCGCUUCGGGCCCCCAUGUUACCCGCAACCACUACCACCACGACUUCUUCCCUGGCGUUCCCGUCCCCAUUACCGACUACAAGGAGAUCAAACGGCCUCUCACGUAUGUGAGCCGACAGGCCCCGAGACGGCAGCGCAUCCAACAGGGCCUGAUCCCGGAGGAAUCGAAGGAGAACGACGACAGUGCCGUAGCGACGGCCGCGCCGACGAAAAAGCGGCGCAUGUCAGUCGUCGCCUCCCCUACCGACACGGCGCGCACCAAGGCCGUCCAGAAUGCGGAGCGUGCGAAGCCGGUGCAGGUGAAAUGCAUGGCGCGGACUCGCAUCCCGACACCACAUGGGCCCGCCUUCCUGCAUCUGUACCACAACACGCGGGACAACAAGGAGCACUUGGCGCUCGUGAUUGACUCCGCGCAGUACGCCGAUGCCGCUGAUGCCGCCUGUUUCGUCGCGCCUGCUAUCCGCUCGCGCUCCCUGGAUGCCGUCUGGGACGAGAACGAGACCGAGAUGGACCGCAUCAUUCGGGGCGCCUACGUCGGCCAGCUGUCAGCCGAUUCGCACCAUGCCUCACAGCCUUCCACAUCGAAACACACGCCGAUAGGGAAUCUGCCCCCUCCGCUGGUCCGCAUCCACUCGGAAUGUUUCACCGGCGAAACGGUGGGCAGCAUGCGGUGCGACUGUGGCGAGCAGCUGGACGAGGCUAUCCGGAGGAUCUCGCAGCCCGUGACGUUCGACGCAGCGGGCAGGACGGUCACCAUCCCCGGACGUGGCGCCGUGGUCUAUAUGCGCCAGGAGGGCCGCGGCAUCGGCCUGCUCUCGAAGAUCCGGGCAUACAACCUGCAGGAUCUCGGCCACGACACCGUCACAGCAAACCUGAUGCUCGGGCACCAGGCCGACGAGCGGGGGUACGAGAUCGCCGCUGCCAUCAUGCGGGAUCUGGGGCUGGGCGAGGGGCCAAACCAGGGUGAGGGCGUCCGGCUCCUGACGAACAACCCGGACAAAGUCGAGGCCCUCCAUAAGGAGGGCAUCUACAUCGCAGACCGCGUGGCCAUGGUCCCCCGCAGCUGGCAAGCACGCGACCCGAGCCUGGAGGAGCUGGCCCACGCUGCCGGGGCCACCCUCAUCGGAGGCCAGGCAGUGCACGGCCCGGACCUUGACAAGUAUCUGCGCACCAAGGUCCUCCGCAUGGGCCACAUGCUGCCACUGGAGUCGAGCGUCGACUCUGGCGUCUAAUUGGGAUCAUUAUGUACUGGAGGUUUAUAUUGUUGUCUCUAAUAUUAUCAUUAUCUGCACUAUCAAAACGGCUCCGUCACAUGAUCACCGCCGCCGGGCGCAUCAGCGCAGGUGCCCGCCUAGCUCAAUCGGUAGAGCGUGAGACUCUUAUGUCUCCUGUGUGGUUGGCACAGUCUGCGGAUAUCUCAAGGCUGGGGGUUCGAGCCCCCCGGUGGGCUAACGGUCGUUCACUUUUCCCUCUUUUUAUUGGCGUAUCAUAGUACAUAGCACGACUACCGCGCCAUCAGCCCAGACCAAAUCAAAGCUCGGGAAGAUCCAACAAAGCCUUCCUGUACAAGACAAUACUUACUAGCAGUGAAAACAACAGAAAGAAUCAGAAGAAAUCGCCCAAUAAAGCCUCCGCCCGCUUGUCUUUCACCUUGCGGAGCAAAGGCCGCAGUUUCUUGUAGCACAGCUCGUUGUGCUCCUUCAGCCACUUGCGCUCGUCCUUGGUCAGCAUCUCGAGGUCGACCAGCUUCGUUUGAAU